UUUUCUCGCUCUUUUGCUUGUGCUUUGUGAUUCCUUGGCGUUGAUUUGUAUAUAUAUUCUAGAUCUGAUUUAGGUUUUAGAGACAGACAGACUCGCUUAACCCCUCUUUUGGAUCACUAGUGCUCCUCUUAGACUCUAUUGCUGUACUGAUUUCUGGGAAUUUUGUUAAUUGAUAUUCCCAGAGUCUUUUUGAUGAUUCUCCUUGCCUACACCCCCGAUUGCUUUCGUUUUUGAAAUUGAUUGAUUUCUUCCUAUUCCUUCUUCCAUUUUUUAUUUAUUUCCGGUUAAGUCAGUUAUGUUGAGAUUGAUUGACUCAAAAUGUGAUUUCUUUUGAUUCAGAAGACGUUAUUGAUUUAUUUAUUUUUGCCCCCAUUAACGACUUUAAGGUUCUAAAUUCUGGGAUAUGAUUUUUUGUAUUUUUGAAAGCUUAGUGGAUGUUGUUUGAGCAUCUUAUCUGUUCAUUCUCCAUGUAAAUUGCAUCUGAUACUUACUUCCCCAUAUGUGUAGAAAGCAUCCCCUGCCUCUCUCUCUCUCUCUCUCUCUCUCUCUCUCUCUCUCUCUCUCUCUGGCUACUUAGCUUGCUUCAUUAGCUUUCUUCUCUAUUUCUUAUGAAUUCCUUUGUUUGUUUGUUUGUUUGUUGUUUUAGAUUCUUGUCCUUUUUCAGCUCAACAAGAAUGGAUAAUUGUACUGGAGAAAACCCCAUGGCUUCUCAGUUAGACAUUCUCAGAUGCCCUUUCUUGAGGAACAUCAAUGAGCCCACUAACCUCUCCUUCUCCUCUUCCUUGCCUUUUCCCAUUCCUGCAAGAGCAGGGAAAGGACCAAUAUUUGAAGAUGGUCCCAAUUUUGAUACGGCGUUUAGGCUUUUCCAUGGCCAAGAUGGAGUUGUCCCUCUCUCUGGCACCCCUCGAGCUGAAGCGGAGAAGCCUGUGCCUGCAUUCCAUCCACUUGCUGCCAAGGCUGCAACGAUUAGUCUCUCAUCCUUUGGACCUGGAGGCCCUUUUGGGUUUGAUGCAUUUUCUGACAUGUUUAAAAAUCAAAAGAAGAAGUCUGACUCAUCCAAAAAUAAGGGAGGAAACCACGAAGCUAUGGGUGACGAAUGGCUUAAAACAGGAAACUGCCCAAUUGCAAAAUCAUAUCGAGCUGUAAGUGGUGUGGCACCGCUUGUGGCAAAGAUCCUGCAACCUCCUCCGGGCAUGAAAUUCAAAUGCCCUCAAGCAAUAGUCACAGCUCGAGCAGCCAUUUCAAAAACACCUUUUGCCAAGAACCUCCGCCCACAACCCUUACCAGCAAAAGUACUAGUGAUCGGGAUGCUGGGCAUGGCACUAAAUGUGCCUUUAGGGGUUUGGAGAGAGCACACUGAAAAAUAUUCUGCAUCUUGGUUUGUAGCUCUUCACGCAGCGGUACCAUUCAUUGGAAUACUGAGAAAGUCAGUGUUGAUGCCUAAGACAGCGAUGGUAUUCACGAUAGCAGCAUCAGUUUUGGGACAGGUAAUUGGGUCAAGAGCAGAGAGGCGGAGGCUCAAGUCAGUAGCUGAGAAGAAGUUGACAUUGGAGGUACCAAAUCCAUCUUCUGUUGAAGCAAAUCAGAUGCAAUUUGCGGGAGUGUCAUCUGAUGGAAGAUGCGGUGAUAAAGUGGUGAUGAAAUGGAAUCCCAUGAUGCUUGAUGUUGCUAGUCCUGUGACUUCCGGAGCAGCUAGUGUUGUCUGCUGAAGAGAUUUUGUUUUCUCGCAAGAUUUAUCCAUAUAUAAUUAUUUCCUUGUUUUUUUCGGCGAUUGUAUUUAAAAAGUUUCUUAAUGUUUGAGAAAAACAAGAAUAAAAGCCAUUCUUAAAACUGUUAAUUGUAUUCAAAUGUAAAACACUUGUUUGAUUGAAUAAAAGGAAAGAAAAGUUGGAAACC